UGCCGAUCUCCGAAGCUGCCACGUGUCUCAACCUGCAUGUCCCAUGCAGCGACGUUCAUACGUAUAUAUAGCCAUCUACGUAUCUCCAAUCUCUCUUCUUUCUUUUCACUAUAGAGAAACACAAUCAAAACACAGCAUUAGAAGCAAAGCAACUGUUCAUAGAGUAAAGUCCGGUUCUUCCAAAGAAGUUUCACUCAAAGAUGAGCCAAGAGCAGCCGAGGAGGGCUCCGGAGGACACGGUCAAGUACGGCGACAUCUUCGCCAUCGGCGGCGAGCUCGCGGAGGAGCCGGUCAUGCCCAGGGACGCGGCGAUGAUGCAGACGGCGGAGAGCGAGAUGUUUGGCCAGAUCCAGAAGGGCCGCGCAGCAGCCGCCAUGCAGUCGGCGGCGGCGCGCAACGAGAGGGCCGGCCUCGUGGGCCACAGCGACAUGACCGAGGUCGCCGGCAAAGACGGAGUGACCAUCACCGAGACCGAUCUCCCCGGCCAGCGUGUGAUAACCGAGUCCGUCGGCCGACAGCAGGUUGUCAAUCAAUACAGCCGACGUUCUCCCAUCCCGACGAUGACGCCAUCCUCGAUCUAUCAGACCGAUGCCAGUAAGGACGGUGUCGGUCCUAUCACCAUCGGCGAGGCACUCGAGGCCGCUGCUCUGACGGCCGGGCAGAAGCCCGUGGAAUGGAGCGACGCCGCCGCGAUCCAGGCAGCAGAGGUCAGGGCCACGGGCCGCACCGCCAUAGUUCCCGGCGGAGUCGCCGCUGCCGCUCAGUCGGCCGCAAAUCUCAAUGCUAGGACUCCUAGAGCUGAGGACAAGACCACAUUGGCCGACAUUCUGGGGGAUGCAACUUCCAAGUUGCCAUCAGAUAAACCGGCGUCGCGUCGAGACGCGGAGGGAGUGGCCAGCGCUGAGAUGAGGAAUGACCCGAAUUUGAAUACUCAUCCUGCAGGCAUUGCGGCCUCGGUGGCGGCGGCGGCGAGACUGAAUCAGAAAAAGUGAUUGGUGUGCGAGAUGAUUUAACAAUUAAUACGUUCGGGUCACACCCCCGCAUCUUAUGAUAGGGUUAAGGUUUUGUUGUCGUUGCCCUUUGAAAUGCUCUUUCUUAUCCUUGUUUUGCUGUUUGUACUCCCUCGAUGGAUAUGCAGAUUGCCCUUAAGAUGGGCAAGCGUUGUGUCUUUGUUCAGCCAGAUUAGUUUGUGCUUUAUCCAAUGUGGAAAUGCAUCCCCCAAGUUUUAGAA